AUGUCAUCACUCCGGUCUCUUGUCAACGCUUCGCGCGCCGACAUGCUAUCUUUUGAUAGUUGGACCAGCAGUGGCGCAUCCCUACACGCGUUGUACCUUAUCACGGCCGCCCUUUCCCUCCUGUUUAUGUACAGCCAGCGAGAGAGCUAUCCCAAACUGCCAAGACUGAACCCUAAGAAGUUCACAGAGCUGACAUGGAGCGCUCGACUCUUUGAUUAUGCCAUACGAAGUCGGGAGCUCUUCGCUGAAGGCACGCGGAAGUUCCCAGACAGGCCCUACAAGCUCUUUACGGACUUGGGCGACGUUAUCGUGGUCCCAAACAAGUACGCCGAGGAGCUGAAGAGUAGCCGCGAUUUGGAUUUCAAUGGAUCGGCUCGCGAUGCGUUUCACGAUUACAUCCCUGGCCUUACUCCGCUUCACACCGAUAUGAGAAUGAGAUACGUUAUCCAGAACUACAUGACUAAGACCCUCCCAAGUCUAACGGAGCAGAUAUCACAGGAGGCCAUCAAGGCCCUGCGCGAAAUAUUCCCAAACUCCAAGGACUGGACUGAGGUGACGCCCGACAAAGUCAUGCAUGUUAUGUCGCGCAUGUCGUCGCGUAUCUUCAUGGGCGAUGAGCUCUGCAACGACAUGGAGUGGAUUAAGGCGUCAUCCGAGUACAUACAUCUUGCCGGACACGGCGUCUUUGAGCUGAGCCGGUGGCCGCGGGCGCUGCGCAGCUGGGUGCACUGGUUCCUGCCGACCUUUACCGAGAUUCGCCGCCGACUCGCGCACUGCCGCGCCGUCCUUCAGCCGCAUAUUGACCGCCGCGUUGCCGUCAAGAAGGCCGCCGCUGAGCGGGGCGAGCCGAACCCGUACAACGACUCUAUCGAGUGGUUCUCGCGCGAGCUGACGCCUGGUGCCGACCCGACCGAAGUCCAGAUUAACCUGACCAUCCUCGCUGUUCAUACUACAACCGAUCUGCUGGUCCAGACCUUAGUGGACAUCGCAAAGAAUCCCGAAAUCCUUGGGCCGCUGCGCGAGGAAACCAUCCAUGUCCUCAAGACCGAUGGCUUCAAGAAGUCGGGUUUGCAAAAGCUCCGCCUCAUGGACGCCUGCUUCAAGGAGUCGCAGAGGCUGCGGCCCAUUUUCCUCGCCUACUUCCGACGCCAGGCCCUCGUCGACAUCACGCUGGAGGACGGCUUCGUUAUCAAGAAAGGCACCUUGGUCGCUAUGGACGGACGCAGAGUGCUGCACAAUGAGGACUACUACCCGGACCCGCUACGAUGGGACCCGUAUCGCUAUUUCCAGAUGCGCGAGGCAGGAGAGGAGCACAAGUCGCACUUCGUCACUUCGUCAGACAAGCAUAUUGGCUUCGGCCAUGGCAUCCACGCAUGCCCAGGCCGCUUCUUUGCCGCUCACGAGCUGAAAAUCAUUUUCUCUCAUAUCCUACUCAUGUACGACUGGACGAUCCCCGAGGAUGUGAAGAGUCUGCCUAAUAUGACGGCCGGCUCGCACUACAUGAUGCCCCCCGGUACCAGGUUCCUGUUCACUCGCCGCCAGGAGGAGCUGGAUUUCAGUGCGCUGGAGUACUAA